AUGUCACAACCACACGAGGCUCAUUCAGCUACCUCCACUUAUGCCUCCCUAAGCACCCUCUCACCCAAAAAACCUUCAUCUCCUCUUUCCGAAUAUUCUCACUCUUUACCCAAUUCAAUGAAUUUAAAUUCUUCUUCUUCAACUAUUACUACUACAACUCUUCCAUCAACAACAACAACAACAAUAGGCUCUUCUACUUUUCCAUCCAUUGCACUUCCGAAUACAAUUUCAAAUUUCUCUCAAGAACAUGUUCCUACAACUUUCGCAUCUCAAAAAUCCUCUUUUCAUCCCAAUCAUUCUUCUAACUCUUCUUCGAGUUUGUUGUCAAGUCAUUCUUUGAGUGGAAGCGGUCAUGAUUAUCAAUUUUAUACUUCGUAUCAUUCGUUUAUUCAUGAUGCACAAGCUCGACAUGCCUUGUUACAUUAUUUACAAAGUCGACAAAAUGAUGAGAAUAUUUUGCUGGUGGAUGACAUGUUUGUCAUGAGGGAUCGAGUGAGACGAGUCGUUCGGAAUUUAUUUAACAUGUUUGGAUCGACCAUGAAUUCUUCGUUUCAGUCAUUGAAUACUUUGAAUCAUUCCGAAUGGAGUCAGAGUUGUCAGAAUUCUUCAUGUUACAACGAUCCUUUAACAACCUCUUCAGAAUCAACAGAAAGAGAUAGUUUUCAACAUGCAACAACAGAAAUGAAUACAGUUGUGACAAAAUCUCGCUCGCCCACUUCGAACAGUCGACAUUCGGAUCAAUCUUCAGGUUUCAUCUCCACAUUAUUUUCUCUGAAAAGUCCUAAAAGUCCAAAGAGUCCAGAUCAACAAGCGCCUACUUCUCCUCCUCUCAUGAACUCUCCUAACUCGCCACCUCAUUCAGCACAACACUUAUUUUCACUUCAUUCAAUUCUGUCAUCAUCGAACACUAGUUCAGUAGAAUCUCCACAAAAUCAUCAUCACUCUCGUCACAGUCCAUCCAACAACAGCAAAUCAAAAUCUGCAUUUUCCUCAAAGAGCAGCACGGAUGAAUUUUUAAAUUAUGAAAAUAAUACUGCUGACAGUCCAACACUUGCAUUUCGAAGAAGUAGUAAUGCGGGCACCAACAACUCCUUUUCAUCCACUCAGGAAGAAUUUUUAACACCUUCACAACGAUUUUUGGAAAGUGUCAAUGCAAUGCUUCAGAGUGUAGAUUUAAUUUAUUGUAAAUAUGUGAAUGAUAACGAGUAUAGUAGCACAAAUGUAUCACUCUCAUGCUCUUCGAUUCAAAACUAUGACCUCUCGAGUGUCAAAUUCAUUUCUCUCAACACUACACACAACGUGUUGGAUCAUGCUCGAAAGGACUACAAUAUUCUAACGAAAAUAUUUCACAAUACUCGAUGUAGUUUUUCAAAUCAAGAUAGUUUAUUGGAAAAUGUUAUGCGAUUUUGCAAUUACAUGCUUUAUGAGAAGGAUCACAAAUUAAGCGAGAAGGAUUUGGAAAAGUUGAAGAAAAUUGUCAUUGCCGAUGAAUGUUUGAUGGAUACCUUAAACGAUCACAUUCAUUCGAAUGAGGAUAUUGAUUCGUUAUUGAAACAGGAAAUGUUUGCACAAUUCAAAUGGUAUCCAUUCAGAGAUUUGAUGACAAAUAUUUCACAGCAAUUGCAAGUGGAAUCGUUUGAUGAAUUUAAAUCCACCGCUGAAUUUGAAAUGUUUAUUAGAAAACAAAUUCAUCAAUUGAAUUCACACUACAUGUACAAAUUAUUCGUUCAAAACGUCGGUGCCAUUCCAGCUGUGGAUAUGAACGUUGGAGAUUAUGUCUUGUCAAAAAAGAAGAAACGAAAAUCCAUUGUAGACGUCUUGUUGAGAAGAAAGGGAAACACGUCAUCCAAUGACAGUAACAGCGAUGCAUCGUCCUCAUCGUUUGAAGACGCUCAUCAUCAUCAUUCACACAAAUCCACUCCCAAUGAAACAUGUACAUUACCUUUACAAGAAGAGUCCUUUGUGAAUGCAUUACAACACAAUUACAAUUCAAUACUCAUGGCUAUGGACCAUUGUGACCUUAAAGAAUGGAUGUCACCCAUUCCAAUUCCUAAAUGGACCAGUGCUCAUGUCUGUAAAUUUUUAGUGAAUAAUUGUUAUUUUGGAGGAGAUGGUGCGGUGGAAGAGUAUUGUGACCGAGUUCAAAAAAAGAAUAUUUCUGGACUGGAUUUAAUGUGUGUGUUGGAGGUGAAUCAAAUUUCGAAAGCAUCGAAGGAGACCUCUCAACUCUUUAAAACUUUGAAAAUGAAAAAUCACGAUCAUCAGCAACGAUUCAUUUCCAAUCUCAAAGAAUUUUUGCAAAAUCAAACAAAAUUUCGAAGGAAACACAGCUUACUCUAUCCAGAUUUGUAUCAACCUCUGGUGAAUGAUGAACACAUUAUUAUUAAGGUUCUUUCACCGCUCACAGAUGAAUCUCGAGUGUUUUCUGUUGAGAGAAGCAUUCCAUUUGAAAAAUUGCAACAACGAAUCGAACAUGAAUUUUCCAACACAAAAUUGGCCAUUCUCAUGGAAGGAGCAUUGUUCGAGUUAAAAUCUCUGUACACGAGCGAAGGAAAUGUCAUUAAGGAUCAAUUUCAACUUUCACAAUAUUUGGCAAGUGAACACUCGAAUGACAUGGCAAGAAGAGUGUCAACUGUGACCACCAAUGACAUGGGAUUUGAAGAUAUUCGUGAAGAGAGUUCCAUGACGGACUCGAAUGAAACGAGUUCCAUGAGUGCCAUACGAGAAACGAUUGGAAUAGCUUCAGACUCAAAAUUACAGCAACAACAACAACAGGAUGACGGAUUCAAAAAGCUCUACAUUCAACCUUCUUGUGAUAAGAAAUUCCAGAGACGAAUGGUCGUUUAUUAA